ACCGCUGAAAAUGGUUAAGGUAAGCGUGAUAAUCACUCUUACGUUGGUAACGCUCGUAUGCUUGCUCACGGCGGAGGCAGAGAAUAUAGCAGGGGAGACAAAUAUUGCGUCAGGGGAGAUUUCUGCUGCGUCAGAAGAAACGACCACUGUGUCAGAAGAAACGACCACUGUGUCAGAAGAAACGACCGCUGUGUCAGAGGGAACGACAGAUGCGUCAGAAGAAAGUAACACAGCAUCCGAUGAGAUGACAACUGCGUCAGAAGAUGAGACGCCGUCGCUGGAUCCAUUAAAUCCCCAGACAGGCGAUGCCGACCCAGCAUCGACAGCGGACAACGAAGUUGAGAGAAUUGAACAGGCUGACAAUGGGCGCGAACGCGUCGCUGGGCGGACAGACCAACGGACGGCUCAACGAAGGCGCGAUCGUGUAGGAACUAUAAUCACAAGCGUCAUUGAAGAGUUAAGUAAUAAUGCUGAUGCCCGUAUGACAACCUCUGAAAUAGAGGAUGGUCCAGCUGCGGGCGGCCGCGCUGACGAAGACACCGAUGGCAAUGCUGCCGUGCAAAUACUCGAAUUAAUUGUUGAGAACAGAGAAUUGCUCCAAAGGUUAAAUAGCGAAAAUCGUGAAGUUUUAGGAAACAUAAUCUCAGGCGCCGUUGGAAUCGUAAUAAAUAAUGCUGACGAAGACACCGAUGGCAAUGCUGCUGAGCAACUACUCGAAUUACUUGCUGAUGAAAGAGAAAGAUUCCAAAUUCUAGGUGAAGAAAUGGGCGAACGCGUGAGAACCGUAGCCAUAGGCAUCAUUGAAGGUUUAACAGGUGAUGCUAAUGCUGAUGCUGAUGGUGAUGGUGACGCCCAAUCGGAAAGAACCGGCGACGAUGGUCCAACUACGGGCAAUGAAUUUCUUGUUGAACAAGCGCUCGAAUUUAUUGCUAAUAGAAGAAAGGAAAAUCGACUUUUUAUAGAGCAAAGACGCGAAGGCACCACGAGCGAGACUUCUGACGCUGACGCCACGAGCGAGACUUCUGACGCAGCUACAGGCGGACGUGCUACGGAGCGGAGGGGUGGACGUCGACGAACUGAUGAGGAGAGGCGAGAACGCUUUAAUCAAGUAAGGCGCGAACGUACGGGUGGGCGAAGGAGCGGACAGACCACUGGACAGAAUCGUGGAGGGCUCGUCAAUCUCUUUUUCGGACGCGGGAGAAAUGACGCUGACGAAAACGCUGACGACAACGCUGACGAAAGAGAAGAUAAUUAUAUGCGAUAA